AUGUUCAAGACUUUACACAUCAAUGUUCCAUUUGUUGAAGCUCUUGCUCAUAUGCCGAGAUACACCAAGUUUUUAAAGGAAUUGCUCACGAAUACGAGGAAAUUGGAAGAUGUGUCCUCUGUAACACUUAGUGAGGAGUGUUCGGCAUUGAUUACCAAUUCUUUUCCUAAGAAAGAAAAAGAUCCCGGAAGAUUCAACAUCCCUUGCAUGAUUGGUGGGCUAAUUGAUGAAAAGGCACUUGCUGAUUUGGGAGCAAAUGUUUUAGUAAAAGUUGACAAGUUUAAUUUUCCGGUGGAUUUUGUAAUUUUGGAUGUAGACGACAAGGUGCCGUUAAUUCUGGGCAAACCAUUCUUGGCCACAUACAAAACUCUUAUUAAUGUCAAAGAUAGUCUAAUGGCACUCCACUUGGGAGAAGAGGAAGUUAUAUUCAAAAUCCGAGACUCUAUGCGAGAUACAAUGGAUUUUGAUGAUACUUGUUAUUAUGUGGAUGCUAUUGAUGACUUAGUUUCUGACUUUGUGCAGGAUAUAUUUAUAAAGGAUGAGUUGUCUGAGCUGCUUGAGGACAACCCCUCUUGA